UUUUCUAAGGGUGGAGGAAGAAAUAAACAUACUGGCCUCUGAAAAUCAGAGCAGGAUAAUUCCUCUCUGCCUUUAUACUCCAUACAAAGUAAAUUCUGCCCAUCCAGCAAAGUCACAUAUUCCCCUUCUUGUCUGCAGGUUUUAUAUAGACACCUCCUGUCACACAGUUUCCUCAGAUAUUCUCAUGUUCUUCAUCUUGCUCUGCAUGUUUCUCUUAUUCACAUUAUACUUUUUUUUCCCUUGUUUAUUGCUACAGUUCUGGUGAGAGCGUAACUGAGCUAACUGUGGUUUUGGUCAGUACUCCAGGAAUUUGGAGGAGGUGUAGUAUGUAUCAGUGCAGGAUAGACAGACUCUAGCAGUUAUAUUCUGUAUCUGGGAGCUCAGUCUUCCAUAGUUUACCCUCCAGAGCAAAAACGUGAGUGUAUGUUUUCCUUAUGGCUACCUAACUUUCCUAGAGAUCUUAUUAUUGAAGGCUACUGGCCUAAAUUUUAAAGUUGGAUUAAAAGAGCAUGGCUGCCUUGGUUGUAGGAUAACUUCAGAUCAACUCUUCUCAUCAAUUUUCUUUUGUUUCUUCUAUGUACUCUUGCACUUAUUAAUUGUUGUUGAAAUAGGUAAAACUUGCUUUUAGAAAUAUUGCUCAAAUUAAAGGGUUACAGAAAUAAAGGUAGUUCACUAGUCUCCAGUAUAGACGUACAAAUGAAAGUCCAGUGUGAUCCCUGCCAUGAAGAUUGUCUAGUCUAGAUUAAAGCAAGAAACAGCACUGGAGUGAAAACCAGAAAUUCUUUCUUUGUCUUCCUUACUUCUGCUGUAGUCAAUCCUUUCUUUUCCUUAAAAUACAUUAGUCCCAUGAUCUGGUAAUUGCUAACACGCAGAUUGACAAACUUCCUUUCCCUCCCUUCCCUUAGUGCCAUUUAAGUGCAUACUCUGGGGUCUAAAAUAGGAACUACAAACUUCCUAUUUUACAAGAAAUUGCAUAGACUUCCCUUGAAGGGGUGGGGUCUGCUUCUCUGAAAGUGGCAUUUCUGAUGCACGGAAGAUGCAGCAUUUAUUUUGAAGACUUACUUGCCAAGAGAAUCCUGUGCUUGGUUGAUACCUUCUGUCUCCAGUUCUAGGCAAGUGUGGGUGUGCUGGUUUCUGCAUCAGAGGAUUCUGGUGCUGUGGGGGCAGGCUGGACAGGGAGAUUCACCCAUCAGGUUGAAUGAUCUGCCUCACAGACGUCUCUGGGUCCAGGUAAGGGAAUGGCUUCCUUUCUGGGGGAAGCAAAAUGGCAGAGUCUGCCCUCAUACAAAGGCUUGUGAGUGACUGAGGGAUUCCUUAGCUGUAAUGACUAUUCAAUAUCAUUGGCUCAGCCAGUUGUUUCUCGCAUAAGGAAUUGAUGUUCAAGAGUCUGGAAGUCAAUAGAAAUUUAAAAGGAGUUUUUCCAUGCUCCCCUAAAGUAGAAAAAAGUCUCAGAUCUGUAAUGUACUUAAGUAGGUGAGUGCAUUAUGCUUUUGAGAGAGCAACGAGAAAUGGCCAAAAGGACUUGAAUUCCGGUAUGAACAGUGUGGUCCGUUGUCUUGGAACUGCUCAAUCUACUCUCACUCUCUACAAUCACCAAAGAAAAUAGUUUCUUUGGUAUUAUGUCUACAAUUUGCAAAUUGUUUGGGGAGCAGCUAGAAAAGUAGCAUGUUGAUGAAAAAUCUGAAAGUGAAUGAAUAUGGAAAUUCAACCACUAUAGCUCCCAGGAAUUAUGUGAUUGGAGAUCAUAUUUUUGAGGAAGGGUAAAAACCAGAGCACUGUAGUGGCUCAUUAGGAGGGCUUUGAGCAUAAAGAGGAGAAGGAUAAAUAAAUUUGAAGGCUGAGUUCUCUUCACAGAUCAGGAAUGUUUCUUGUUGAUACUUAGCUGACAGAAUUCCUGCAAAUGUGCAUUCGCUUCAUUCUUUCGUUGUAUGGCAAGCUCACACAACAAGAAGACAUGAAUUUUGUCCUACAAUAAAUGCUUGGUAGAAGUUCUUUCUGAAUCCCACUCCAACACAAAUAUAAAAGAAGUUUCCUCAUUCAGUUUUACUUCUCUUUAUGUGAAAUGAAAACAAGCAGCUCUACAAUAAGCAGAAGAUUAUGAUCUGAAUUAGGAUCAAGCCUGCAGGCAAAGGACAGUAUGAACAUGAAAGAGAUUUUCAUCCUGCUGCUGAACCUGUAUUUGGUCUUCAGUGUUCAAGCCAUUCGAGAGAGCAUCCCUAUGAAAAGCUUGAGCUGCUUGAAUGACUACAACUCACAGGUCACCUGUACAUGGAUGGAGCAUUCAGAUGCUCAUGACCUUGUUGGUAUGAUUCUUUACCACAGGGAUGAUGUUAUAAUGGAGAACAAGGAGAUGUACUGCAAACGCCAGACAGAAGAUGACUUACAUGAGACUCCUGAUGUGUAUGUGCGCUGGGUUUGCCGCAACUCCACAGACUAUUUUGGAAUGGGGGUAGAAGAUAUUUAUGGCUUCAAACCUAACAAGAUACUUCAAGCAGAACUAAAUGUUGAUCUUUUCCAAAAUGUUCAGCCCCUUCCACCUCAGAACCUCUCAGUCAGCUUGAUGACAUCAGGAGACUUCUUGCUGACCUGGAAAACAGCUGACAAAAGCCAAAUGCUGAGCAAUGCACUGGAGUAUGAAGUCACUUACAAGCGGGAAUGGGAGUCCUGGGAGGGAGCUGCCUCACUCUUGCUCUCCAACACCACUCACUGCAAUCUCAGCCGUGAGGACCUCGUCCCAGGGAGCAGCUACAUUGCCCGUGUGCGAGCCAGACCGGGGCAGGCCAGUGGCUUCUCUGGGCAGUACAGUGAGUGGAGCACGGAGGCGUCAUGGAAGACCCCUGAAGGUGGCCUUCAGCCCAGGAACCUUCGCUGCCUCUUCAAUGGUGGAGAUCGUCUGACCUGCAGCUGGGAAGUGAAGAAAGCGAUCACCACCUCUGUCCUCUUUGGCUUGUUCUUCAGGGCCACUCCAUCAUCAGAGUACGUGCUCUGCCCAUGGCAGUCUGUCUGUGCCUCUCCCAUGGGGUUUCUGCUCUGCCCCAUUCCCCUGAUCUCAGUUCAGCCUCUUUUUUUUCCCCUCAGAGAAGAGGAAUGCUCUCCUGUGCAUGAGAAGACUUUGCCUCACGUCCCAUAUGUGGUGCAGAGCUGUGAGAUCCUUGUUAGCAAUUCCAGCAGCCAGAGCCAGUACAAUGUGUCUGUCCGGGCCAAGACGGAGGAGAAACUGAUUGAAAGCUACAAGAACAUUCAGGUGCUGCCGCCUGCAAAUGUGUCAGUAAAAGCAACGGAGAACCAAGAGUAUGAACUGAGAUGGGUAAAACACACUAUGGGAUACAACUUCAUAACACAGAGAUAUCAAGUUGAAUACUGGGAAAACAACCAAUAUGAAAAGACUCUCCAGAAGUUAAGUAUCAGCAAUGACGAACCUCCUUUCAUCUUCACUCUGCAGAUGCUGGCAGCAUCUACAGAAUAUAGGGGGAAAAUGCGCGCAAGGGUGAAUACACCCGUGGAUUAUGAGGGGCCUUGGAGUGAAUGGAGCAAGGAGUUCACCUGGAAGACUGAGAACGUUCUGCCGCCAGUGGUUCUCCCAGUGAUGCUCCCAGCUCUCAUCAUCACUUUGCUAAUAGUUGCUUGUUGCAGCUAUAAAUAUUUCCUCAGGAAGAAGAAAAUCUGGGAGGAAAAUAUUCCAAACCCCAGAAAGAGUCUCCUGAUCCAGAGCUACGUGGGGAAAGCACAGUUGGGAAACUGGCCAACAAGCAACCAGCUGGACUUCAACAAAUACAGCCUUUCAGAGAAGACGGAGCAGGCUAGUUUCCUUCAAGUUCUGGACAGGCAGGCGAAGACUUUGGCAGAGUGCCCUGAAGGGAAGACUGAAAAGACGGAUGUUUCCCUUGUUGCACCGGACCUACAGAACUCAUACCAUGCUUUAAAUGAGGCAGAGCAUGCCCCAGUUUUCUGCUCUAGUCAGAUUGCUGGUCAUUCCUUUCCUGUUUCAAGGAAAAACAGUGAUGACAAAAGUAUUGCUUCCCACACAGCAAUCCCUUGCUUUGCUUUCAAUGGUCCAUACUUGUACAAUCCAGUGAUGUCCUCCCACCCUGAUAUACAUCAGUCCUUGGAACUGGACCAGGUGGGACUCUGUAAGAAAUCAGUUUCCCUUCAGUAUGUGACUCUCCCAAGGGAAGACUGUCCUCAGGCUCCACAGAGGCAAGAAGAGCCAGGAGCAGGUCCUCCAAAGCCCUACCUACUUACAGAUCAGAAGGAAAUGAUGCAGCACCUCAGUGAUAAGGAAGAAGUCUCACCGGCCCCACCAGCCUGUGGGAAAGGCACCAAGAUGGAAACAGAAGAAGAGAGCUCUCCAAAAGCUCUCAGCUGUACCACAUCUCCUCAGCAGUGUCCCUUGGAGUACAUCACCACAGAGAGCCUGUUACUGCCAUCAGCCAGUGCCUCCACCCAUCCUCCACUUGUCACUGCUGGGGAAUCACCUGGUGGCUCACAGGAGCCCCAGCCCCACAGUGACCACUCUUGCCAUGAGUUUUCUCCUGGGAAAACUGGUGUCAUGGUCCAAGUUUCAGGUCAGGCACCAACCUCUUCUCCUGAACUGCACCUGGAGAGGUUUGGAGACUAUCUUACUGUGCCUUUAGGCCUCAACGGACAUUCAAAAGCCACAAAGAUUCCUUUGCCUGUCUUACAGAAGGAAAAUGGUCUUCCUAGAAAGCAGCCUUUGUCAGAGGGUAACUUAGUGGUGUUGAAUCCUGACAGCACUGAGCCAGUUUUCCUUUGCCAGGUUGGUGACUAUUGCUUCCACAGCCUAAAACCCAGUGUGAAGAUGGAUAAUGGUCAGGAAGACUACCAAGUCAAGAAACUUUCUGAGGGCAAGACAACACUUGGGAAGCCUGUAUCUGAUGAUGACUCCAUCACUGGCAAGGAAAAGGAUGUAUCAAAAAUGCAGGCUAUUCAGCUUUUCAAAAUCCUGAAAUCAGAUGACUACUUUUCCUGGCAGCAAUCUUUGAGGAUUAAAGAAAUCUGUUAAAUGGGCAAAUACUAAUCAAUACUGAAGAGACUGAUAACUGAAAGAGGCUGCAACUGUCUGAUGAAAAUGAACCUUCAAACCAAGGAACAAAUAAACACCAGUUUCAUUUUCAAGCUUCCAGUCCAAUAUGUGGAAAAACCUGAAGUAGCUCAGUAUCAUUCUCAGUGCUCUUCACACAUUUGGCAUGAAAUACAUGUAUUUGCCUUUGGUGUUUUUUAAACUUUUUGACUUAUCCACAAUGAGCAGUUUAUCCUCCUUGUGAUCCUGUGACAGAUCACAAUCAUCUUGCAAUUAUACCAAAUUGCCUGGCAAAACUGAUGGCAGGAAAUGCAGACUUAACAGAAGAAGACGAGCUUGGACACCUUGGAAAGAAAACUUAGAUUCUUAAGAACAAUUUUGUUGAACUUCUGUGUGUUUAUAAAAUAGAUCUAAAAGUCACCAAGGAACUUUCAUAUCUCUGCCUUUCCACUAUGCCAUGAAAUAGGUAUUGUCUAAGGCAAAAAACUCCCCAAAACCAAAAAACAGGAUAGUUAUAGAAGGGUAACUAUAAAAUGUGAAAAAAACAAUGUUGAAGUCCAGGAAAGCUUUCUUAAUGUUAAUGCGCAGUACAUCACAGCAAAUGCUAAGGGUAAGAAGGUAACGCUAGUGGGAUACAUAAAGUAGGCUGCAGAGAACCAUUUGGAAGAAGAAACAUGGCUGAAAGAAAAUCCAAGGACUCUUAAGGUUCAGUGAGAGAGAGGGAGUGGGGCAGGUAACAGAAAACGGCACACAAGAAAUGUUGGGAAGCUGCACAAGUUUAAAUCUGCUGCAGCUUUUCUAUUUAUAAGUGUUAAAAUACCAUAUUAUUUUAAGUUCAUUGACUGUUUAUACAUAAUAUUCUUAAUCUUAACUGUGUAAUCGAUUCUUUGGGGUUUUUUUUCCUGAGUAAUAAGAUGUGUUGAGAAAGAGGAGACAUUUUUUCCCAGUUUUACUGUAGAGAAAGUGGUGUAAGGAAAGAGCCUUUGUUCAGAGCUGUGACUUUGUGACCAGCGAGAAGGCUUUGAUUUCAGACCUGAAGGUGGACUUGCAUUUCAAAAAAAAAUUUCUUUUUUUCAAAUAUAAAUUCUGUACUAAUAAAAAUAUUAUUUCCUCAUAUAAAUAUUUCCUUUCAUAUGUUAAAAUAUUGUGGUUACAAUAAAAUUACUAUUAGCUUGUUUGAUCAGGCCUCAAAAAAUUCUGUAUGUUAGCUAUGCCACCUGUGAGGCAGGACACUUUCUCCUGACUUUGGUAUAUUAUUUGACAGAGAUAAUGAGUUCUGUGUUUCUGCCAGGUGAUUCCUCCUGCUGAGUUAAUGGGACAGCGCUGAUUCAGAAAUUGCAGUGAAAUGAAUUGUUUUUUGAGGAUUUUAUUCUCAGAAAUACGAUUUUAAAUCUGAAAGGUGUGCAAAUUGAGUUUGGUGCUCUUGACAGCAAAAGAUACGCAGUUAUAGCCUCUGAUAGAGAAUAUUGAUGACCACUUCCAGAGAUUUUCAAUGUAGACCUUUUGUAAUCAAUGUAUUUUUUUGGCCUUUCUAAAGUGGGACAAUUAAUUUCUUCCAGGCUGUAUGAUUGUGCUCUAAUCGUGUCCUAAAAGGAGAUGUUUAAAUUCAUAUGCAAAUUUUGUAUCUGGAUUCACAUCUUAGAUAUGCUUCACUUUCCUGGGCCUUGAAUUGCUGGGGUUUGAUAAUCAAGAAGAUUAGUGAGUGGGAGAACUUUUAUUCAACUCAGUGGCUUUUGAAUGGAGCCCAUUUGCAUUGUCAUCAGCACUCUAAGAGCUCUCUGUUCCUUUUGUCUCUCUGCACUUCACUGGGCAUUUGCCGAGGCUGAUUUUGGAGACAGGAUUUACAGACACAAGCACAUAAUAUCCACAGAGCGGAUAUUAUCAUCUGAAGAUCACUUCAGGAGCCUGGAACUUGCAGAGUAACAUGCCAUUGUCAAACUAGGGGAACUGAGCAGUGGUUUUCUUUGCAACUAUAACAAUUGUUUUAGGGCAGAAUGAAUUUCUGCUCUAGGGACUCCUUGUUCAAUAUCCAUUUAAGUAUUAUUAAAUAAAAUCUGUAAUGAAUGUUGGAAGCAGAGCUCAUAAUCUACAGCUCUGCUGUGCCAGAGGAAUACACUUUUUACUGGGUUACUGAAUCAAAACUUCCAUAAACUUCUUCUGGUGCUGAUCCUAUGAAUCUUCCAUGCUCUUCUGCAUGAGAUCCAGGUGCAGUGCUGGUGGUAAAAAGCAUUUUACAAUACUGUAACCUGGUGUGGUGAUUCAAGACUUAGAAGCUGUCAUGAGUCCCAGGUCUUCAACUUCCUGAUCAUUAGCUUAAGCCCCAAAGUUACUGUGCAAAAGCAGGUUGCUGCUACCUUUCCCAGUGCUAGGCACUGAUAUGCAGGAGAGGAAUCAUCAUUGUGAUGAUUCAGGAGCCAAUUAUGACAUGCCCCUCUCUGUACAGGUUCUCACUAAGUAGUUCCAGCCCCACAGCCUGUAUAUCUGUGUGAUGAGCCACUGAUGUUUCUGAUAUAGUCAAAAAAAGAGAGGGUUUGUCUUUUAUGUAAGGAAGGAAAAUGGAGCUGAAUGGUUUGCUAGAAAAAGAAACCUGCAGUGGAAAGCCCUCCAAGACCUCAGGGAAUGACAGCUGGAGAAUUUCUGAGAAUCAUAAAAUCAUAGAAUCCUGUACCUCUACAGGGUAAUGGAAAACAAA